UUGCAGUUCCUCAGCAGCACUUCUCUUCAGAUUCAGGGAGCUGUACAGAAUGAGGCAAGUCUCCUGCUUUGCUGCUAGACAGCGUACAGGAUAUGUACAAGGAAGACUUCGGGAACAUGAUUGAAGAGAGUAGGAACAGCAGUGAUUCCUCCUCUGCCUUUGCACAUACCGACACCAUGAGCACUAUACUGAUUACUGUCUACUCAAUUGCGUUUGCUGGAGGUGGGAUUGGGUCCAUUGCAAUGUCAUUAGUGCUGGUCAAGAUGAACACUCUCUCUGUGACCACUACAGCCAUCAUUAACCUGGUUGUCGUGCACAGCCUCCUCCUCUUCACAGUGCCCUUCCGCCUGCAUUACUACGUCAACAAGAAGUGGAUAUUCAGGAUGCCAUUUUGCAAAAUGGUGAGUGCAAUGGUGCACAUCCACAUGUACUUGACCUUCUUAUUCUACGUGAUUACACUGGUGAUCAGAUGGCUCAUCUUCUUUCAAUGGAAGGACAAGGUGGAGUUUUACAGGAAGCUGCAUGCCAUUGCCGCAAGCACUGCCGUGUGGGUCUUUGUCAUGGUCUUUGUGGUGCCUGUCUUAUACUUCGAGUAUGGACGCUCAGGCCCAUAUAACGAUACAAUAUGCUUUAAGUUCCACAAAGAACUGCAGCAGGAGAGCGUUAAGGCCCUGAACUACACCAUAAUUGCAGCUGUCACUUGCCUUACUUGUGUCCUUCUGGGCUUGCAAGUGUUUAUCCUGGUAAAAGUGUCAAGAAAGCUCUCCACAUCCCUCUGGUCACACCAAGAAUUCUGGGCUCAGGUGAAAAACUUGAUUUUCAUCUGUGUCAUCAUAAUUUGCUUCCUUCCCUAUCACCUAUUUAGAGCCUACUACAUACAGCACGUGAAUGAUUUUGGCCAGUUAGAAAGCUACAAUGAAGUAUGUUUGAGUCUGACUGCCCUCAGCUGCCUAGACCUUCUGUCAUUCGUGCUGAGUGGAAGCCGUCUCUUCAAGCAAAAAGUGGAGAUACUCCGCAGCAUGUUGUCUUGCUGCUAGCACAAACCUCCUCCAGCAUGUGCAUAAUGGACCUGGUAGAGCACAGUGCUGGAAAGGCAUCACAACCCCCAUCCUGAGAAAGUCAGAAUGGGCUCUGCACACCUUCCUCCCUGGAAAAAAUGGGAUGAACUGCCUCCAGUGUCUCAGCUGAUAAAAUGGAAGGUUAACUCUGGGUGCUCAUGGUGCUACAUAGGGACUUGUGGAUGUACCUGGAGGAGAGGGAGGGAAGGGCAUGGGCUUUUCUGUCUUAUUAUUUUUACAUCAAGGUUUGUGAAGUCAAAGGCACUAGGAGGAGAUUCAAGGGAAUUUGCCAAGUAGGUAGAAAUGCAAAUAGAAAAGCAGGUUUUAUGGAAUAAGGUACAGAUUUUUGAAAUUUAAAGAUCGUUAUAGUUUUCCACAUAUACAUUUCUUAUUUAUUCCCGAUAAGAUCUUAUAAAAUAACAGGGAAGCUAUUGUUCCUCCUGAGUAGGCCUGCUCUUUCACUGUAAAGAGAAGUACCACUUUCUAAUGAACUGAACAAAUAAACCAGCUAUUUAAAAACAAACUAGCAGUAAAUAUUUAUUUCUUAUAAGAUUUUUCUCAAAAUAUCACUUUUUGAAGAUGGUAUCACUGCAGUAGAAAAGGGUUUGUUUUCCUCUUUCACACAUUAUGAAAAUGUCUCCAACAACGACACAUUAUUAUUGAAAUGAACAUUGGAAGUUCAAACAAAACCCUGUACUUUUAUUUACACAAUUGUUCAAUUUAAGAAGAAAGAGUUAACAGUGAGGAUCAUUUUAUUUAGAUCAUUCAGACAACAGUUUUCUCCUCUUAAAAAGUCAAAUAAUUUAGUUCUCCAAGGUAACAAUUUUUUUUGUUCUUCUGUGUUAUUUUUAUGAGGUUUUGAAGUUUAUAGCUAAUUACUCACGCUGUCUUUAGCUUGAAACCAAUUCUGUAAAUUUAGAACUAGUAGAAGGAAUUGAAAUGUUACUUCUUGAAUUGGAAGAAUGGAAAAAAUUAAUAAACCUGGUGUAGCUAAAAAGCU